AUGCAAGACUCGAGUUUGCAUUCUUCUGAGUGGAUCAAGAUCAACGCUGAAUUGCCAGACAAUGUCAUCAUCGAGCCAGACCGAUUGAUCAUUGCACAUUUAGAGAAAGGAAGCGGGGGCCGAUACAAGUGCAUGUCAGUUGAUGGCGAAGGCACCCACAUCACAAAAUUCUUCAACCUCGUCAAUUUAUACGAACCAAAAGCCGAAAUAUACCCGAAAUGGUUGAAAAGAACUGUCGGAGCAUCAGCUAGUUUCAAGUGUUUUGGCGCUUACACUCCUGAUUUCACAAUUGCAUGGAGUAGGAGCAACGGCCAAAACCUGGAUGUCAACGGAGAUACACUUACCUUGAAUGACAUAACGACGGAAGACGAAGAUAGCUACGAAUGCAUAAUUGAAAACGAAUUUGGACAAAGUCGUGCUACCGCCCAGCUGUUUGUUGUCAACUUGCAUGACGACGAAGGUGAACGAAUUGCUGAGUACAAACAGAUUGAACUGCACAACGAACUUCAACUGGCCUGCCCAGCUGCUCAGAACGUUGAAUGGACAAAAGUUGAAUCUGACCUUCCUCACCACGCAUUCAUUGAAGAUGGAAAACUUUUGAUAAGCAGAGUGGAUGAAGAGGAUGGAGGGAUGUACAGGUGUCGGUCCCAGGAUGAUAUGCUCACAAAAUAUUUUGAUGUCACUGUCAUAUGUUAG